GCUGAGUUUGCAAAUAAAAAAAAGAAGUUGCUUGAUUGAUCCAAAAUUUUUUCAGUAUGUGGUAUGCAAAAACGUACUCGCCUGUGCAAGUCGGUUCCAUCGAUGGAACCGACACGGUACCUCACGAUCAUGCCGUUGAGAGAGCUUUGACUGCACACUAUACUGCUCCAAAGCAUUUAACCACUGAUCCAAGAAAGACUUUAUUUGUUGCUCGCCUCAACCUCUCUACCACUGAAGAAUCCUUGCAAAAGCUCUUUGGUCGCUUUGGUGAACUCGAUCAGGUUAUACUCAUUCGUAAUCAAGUCAUUGUAGUGACGGGAACGUCCCAAGGUUAUGGCUUUGUCACCUUUCGUCGAUCUGCUGCAGCCUCAGAAGCUUAUAAACGCGCUCAUCACGCUGUACUUGACGAACACGUAAUCUUGGUAGACUAUGAACGAAGUCGUAUCAUGAAAGGAUGGGUUCCACGUCGCUUAGGAGGUGGUUUUGGUGGCCAAAAAGAAAGUGGCCAGCUGAGAUUCGGUGCCAGGGAACGGGGCUUCCGCGAACCAAUCUAUUGCGCAGUCGACAAAGCUGCCAUGCUUUGA